AUUCUUCCUUUUUCUCUCUCUCUCGCAAAUCGACGAUACUCACACGCAGGAAUAAAAAAAGAAUCCCAGAGAUCCGAAAAUCUCAACCUUGCUGGUUUGCAUGUGACAUGAGAGGAGGACCUUGAUGCAAAAUUUAACAAUCAGGAUCAAAUCAGAAAAUCAAUAACCCCACGGCAGAUCAAAUCAAAUUACUGCUCGCUUAUUUUUUUUCCUUCAUCGCAUUUUGCUUGCCACUCGGCAAAAAAAAUAAAGCUUGGUUGUUUUUUCUCACAAGGCUUUUUUGGCAUGGCCUUCCUAUAUUCAUAUUCUUAUUUGUCGCAAACUUUUCUUUAUACCCUCACAUUUAUACAUAUACAAAUACAGUCGCGUAGCUAAAAAAUUAAACAUAUAAUGGGCAAACCACAAAACGGGAAGCACAGUGCAGCUGGCAGCGCAAAGGGAGGAUCGUCGGGAGCGGGCAGCAAAGGCAAAGGCAAAGGCAAAGGCAAGAUUGGAACCAAGUUCUCCACAACCAAGCCCCAGCCCAAGCCCAAGGUAGUCAAGGACAACAACAAGGCAAACGGCGCCAAGCCGACGGACAAAAAGGCCGAAUACAAGAAGCCCGAACACAAGAAGACCAGCGAGAAUAAGCGCCCGACACAGGAGGACGCCGAGGCAGAUGAGGGGCCUCUGGGCUCGCGCGGACAGCAGCAGAAGAAACAGCGCACCGAGCGCCAGCUCACCGAGCCGACGGGCGAGCUCAAAAUCGCCGCGCGUAAGCUCUGGGAGCAGCUGCGGCGCGGCGACUUGGAAGCCGACGACCGCAAAAAGAAGAUGGUCGAGAUGAUGGAUCUUGUGCGCGGGCAGAUCAAGGACAUCACGUUCAAGCACGACAUGAGCCGCAUUGUGCAGACCUGCCUAAAGUACGGAUCGGACGCGCAGCGCGACGAGAUUGCCGCGGAGCUGGAGGACGCGUACACGGAGCUUUCGCGCAGCCUGUAUGGCCGCCACAUCCUCAUGCGCAUUCUCAAGUAUAGCAGCCGGUUCCGCAGCGCUGUCAUCCGGGCGUUCUACGGAAACGUGCGCAAGCUGGUGAAGCACAAGGACGCGGCCGCUGUCUUAGAGGAGUGUUAUGCUGUGUACGCCAACGCCGGCCAGAGAUGGCAGCUGGUGGCCGAGUUCUACGGAAAUGAGUUUGCCGUGUUCAAGGACACCGACGACGUGCGGUCGGUCGAUGACAUUCUGACCAAGGCGCCGCAGAAAAAGGACACUGUUGUCAACGCGCUCAAGACCGCCAUCGUCCCGCUACUGCAAAAGGGCACAGUGCAGCACUCCAUUGUGCACCGCGCGCUGCUGGACUACCUGCGGUUCGCCGACGCUGCUGGCAGGCAGGAGAUGAUCGAGACCAUGCGCGAGCUGGUUGUCGAGGUUCUGCACACCAGGGAGGGCGCACACGCCGCCAUGCUGUGCCUGUUGCACGGCACGGCCAAGGACCGCAAGCUGAUUGCUAAGUCGCUCAAGCCCUACCUCCAGCGCAUCGCCUGCGAGGAGCACGGCCACGCUGUUCUCAUUGGCAUGUUGGACUGCAUGGACGACACCGUGUACCUGGGCAAGUCGCUGCUGCCAGACCUCUGCGCCCUGGCGCCCGAGCUUCUGGCGGACCAGUACGGCCGCCGCGUGCUGCUGUACGUGCUAGCCGGCCGCAACUCGCACUACGUCGGGCUGGACGCCAUGCAUGUGCUGCGGGAUGGCGACGCCGUGCGCGCUGAGACCAGCAAGAAGGACCCGACCACCAGGCGCCGCGAGCUCACGGCGUACGUGUCGGCGCCGCUGUUGCGCUGGCUUGCAAACAACGCCGAGCUGGCGAUCUUCGACCCGAUGCCCAGCCAGGCAGUCUCCGAGACGCUGAUGCGCGCGCAGGGCGACAAGCAGAUGGCCUGGGACUCGGUCCUGGACCUCGUCGGCCGCAGCAUCGAGGAGAACGGCAGCAAGCACGUGCUGCUUAACGCCAUCUCCAACCGCGUCAUCACCAACUGCAUUAUGGCCGAAUACGCCCCGCCCAAGUCGGCCGACGCCACGCUGCCGGCGCUGCCCGAGGACAACCCCAAGUUCGGCUCGGACGUGCUGUCCAUCCUGGAGAACUCCGCCCAGCUUGUGCCUGCCGCCUGUGCCGGUGCCUUCCCUGUGCGCGCGCUGCUAGAGUCGCCAGUCACGGGCGAGCGUGCACGCAAGCUGCUGCGCCCGCACGUGGCGGCCGUGCGCAAGGCCGCAAAGGCCGCCGAGAAGCCCCGCGUGUUGGAGGCCAUCCUGGCCAAGCUCGAGUAAAAACAAAACUUUCCAUAUUAUCUUUCAAAUCAAAUCAAAUUAAAUCAACUCAGCCCAGCUCGUUUUUGGCCGCCUCAGAAG